AUGCCUUCCUCGGAUUUCCUCGCCCGCGCUUUCUCGGCGACGGCUCGCCGCGCCGAGAUCAACAAGAUCUACCCCUCAGCCACCGCCGCCCUCGCCGACAUGAAGCCUAACUCGACCCUCCUCUGCGGUGGUUUCGGUCUCUGCGGUGUUCCCGACACCCUGAUCGAUGCCGUCAUGGAGAAGCCCGAGAUCACUGGCAUCACUGCCGUCUCCAACAACGCCGGUACUGACACGUCGGGUCUUGGAAAGCUCCUCAAGUCGGGCCAGAUCCGCAAGAUGGUGGCCAGCUACAUUGGCGAGAACAAGACCUUUGAGAGCAUGUACCUGACUGGCUCGGUCGAGCUCGAGCUCACCCCCAGGGUACCCUCGCCGAGAGACUGGCGACCUUCCCUCAAGAACAAGCCCGACGGCACUCCCGACCAGCUCUCCUACCCCAAGGACGUCAAGGUCUUCAACGGCAAGCCCUAUGUCCUCGAGCAUAGCAUUGCUGGUGACUAUGCCUUUGUCAAGGCCUACAAGGCUGACAAGCUCGGCAACUGCCAGUUCAGGCUCGCCGCCAACAACUUCAACGGUGCCAUGGGCCGAAACGCCAAGAUGACCAUCGCCGUCCACCUCCCCGGCAUCUAUGUCAAGAGGGUUAUCCAGAGCACCACUGAGAAGGGUAUUGAGAAGUACACCUGGGCCAAGGACGAGAACGACGCCUCCGCCAAGUCUGCCCUCGGUACCGGUGACACCGCUGCCAAGAGGGAGCGCAUCGUCCGCCGUGCCGCCAAGGAGUUCAAGAACGGCAUGUACGCCAACUUGGGCAUCGGUAUGCCCAUGCUCGCUCCCAGCUUCGUCGGCCCCGAGGUCGAGAAGGGCACUGAGGACGCCGACCUCAUCAAUGCCGGCAAGGAGACGGUCACCCUCAAGCCCGGUGCUGCCGUUUUCGGCAGCGAGGAGAGCUUCGGCAUGAUCCGAAGCGGCCGUAUCGAUCUCACCAUUCUUGGCGCCAUGCAGGUCAGCGCCAACGGUGAUCUCGCCAACUGGAUGCUUCCCGGAAAGGUCAAGGGUUUCGGCGGUGCCAUGGAUCUCGUCAGCAACCCCAAGGGAACCAAGGUCGUUGUGACCAUGGAGCACACCGAUAAGAAGGGCAACCCCAAGAUUGGCGUUUUCGAUGUUGACUUCGCGACCGGCCUUACCCUCGUCGAGAUCGCUGACGGUGUCACCGUCGAGGAGAUCAAGUCCAAGACCGAGGCUCCCUUCAAGGUUGCCGACGACUUGAAGCCCAUGUUCGGGCUCCGGUCCCUUGUCGCAAUGGCGAUGAAGGUGGUGAGCGCCAACGUGGGCAAACUCAGGGCGAAGAGGAUCUGGGCCGAAAUGCCUAGACCACUCGUCCUCGAGAUCUUGCUCCAGGCAGAAACGAAUCAACCACCUCGGGCACUAUCACCGGCACUGGCGGAUCAACCUGCCCGAGGGAUCAACCCCGAAUCACUUGGACGGCUUCUCCUCGGCAUGCGGCCGGCCCAAUCUCCCAGCCUGGACUUCAUCACGCACCUGGUCAUCAAGGGCGCUUCCGCCCUCACGGAGCGCGAUCUCUUGUCCCUCGCGGACAUGAAGAACCUCGGGCUGUUGCACAUCUCCGACUACCCCGAAGACGACGGCGGGCAGGGGGCCUGA